CGAUUGUACAAUAUCAGAUCGAGCGGUUCGCAAGUUGAACUGGCGAUCUGCGCGGUCGGGUGCGUGCCUCCAGUUUUUUUUUCACAGGAAAAGUGACAGUUUUUUUUUGGCUUUUUUCACGUAAAAUUUAAAUUGAAAAAACAAAAAGGAAAUAUUCGCUUUUCAGUGUGAUAUGCUGACAAAGAGACGUGCUAUCGUUUUGAUAAAAUCGAAUUUAUUAUUUGAUAAUAAUCAUUCGAAUUGUAGUAGUGGUAAAAUAGAUUAUUUGAAAUUUAAAUUUAUCGAGUAUUUUUGAAACAAAGAGCUAACAACAUGUGCAUCAUAUGGCUCCUUUACCUUAUCGGUUCAACGUUAUCCGAAGCCACUCCAGAAGAUUGGGUACCGAAUUCGUUGAAUUUCAACAUCAACGCCGAAGACAAUUCGUUUGUCUCUGCUUUUCUGAAUGUUACCUUCAAAACUGACCACGGAUGGAAAUGGGAUAAGACCGAAGUUGGAAGAUACGGUGGCGGAUAUGUUGGUGCUGCCUAUGGACUAUUAGUGCACAUUACAUCCAGACAUAGACCGGAUGACCACUCGGGUUGCGUUUACCCGUUCGACAGUUCCCGUUCGGAUGGAAAACUUCCGCCACCAGGUACGCCAUGGAUAGCUCUAAUUAAAAGAGGCCAUUGCAAUUUCGACGUAAAAGUCGACAACGCGUUCAAAAGUAAAGCUUCCGGGGUGCUUGUCUACAACGACAGAGACUCUUCGGCUUUGGACAAGAUGAAAUUGACAAACGAUCCAAAACGGAAUAUCAGCGCUGUAUUCAUUUACAAGUGGAAGGGUGAGGAACUGGCAAAAUUAUCAGAAAAUGACUCAAACGUUUACGUGCACAUCACCAUCGCUGGCCAUUCGGCUUCCAAAACUGCAAACAUAAACAGGACUUCGGUACUUUUCGUUUCUAUCACCUUCAUAGUUCUCAUGAUAAUCUCCCUGACUUGGCUGGGAUUUUAUUACGUACAAAGGUUCAGAUACAUCCGCACCAAAGAUAAACUUACUAGAAAAUUGGGUAAUGCGGCUAAAAAAGCAUUAUCGAAAAUACCAACGAAAAAUCUAAAGGCCGAGGACAAGGAAGUCCAAGGCGAUAUUGAAUGCUGCGCUGUUUGCAUAGAACCUUACAAAUUAAGUGACGUAUUAAGGAUAUUACCUUGCGGGCAUGAAUUUCACAAAAACUGCAUAGACCCGUGGCUGCUAGAACACCGAACGUGUCCGAUGUGUAAAAUGGACAUCCUAAAGCACUACGGUUUUGUGUUUACCGGAAGUCAAGAGAGUAUUUUACAAAUCGACGGUUUAGAGGAUCAUAUCAUUGAAAAUUCGAAUGUGAGUCAACCGUUGAGUCCGAGACGGGGCAGCAUCAGUCCAUUGCCGGAAAUUCGAGCGAUUGUCAUUACGAAUCAGCAACAGAGACAAUGUUCCUUCGACAGUUCGGGCGACGAAGACAGUAGCCGAGCAUCGACACCCAACGAAAUGACGCCCAGUUUGCCGCCCAAAAGUCCGCAACGCGCCGACCUGUGCUUGACGUGCGGCGCCCCGCGAGAACAUCCCUCGACGUCCAACGAAACCGUGAACCAAGAAUGAAGCUAUGGUCCGCAGUUUUGUCGCUAUUAUUGGUAUUAUAAAUGAACAAAAUUGCGGAAUUUUUUUUGACAGUUUUUUGUGUGGGGAAAUUUAGGAAUUGAUGAAAUAAUGAUACAUGGUACCGGAGUGCUUAUUGAUAAUGUGUGUUGAAAAUUGCGUGAUAUUUUUAUAGACGAGAUAUUUUGUGCCCCAAAAGCAAGGAGCGAGGUUUUUAAAAUUAACGACUGAGACAAAGAAAAAACUUUUAAUUUUUUAAUUAUUGCAUAGGUAAUGACAAACUAUUGUAAUAUGCUUUCCAAAAGCUAUAAAUAGUCCUCUAUUAGUUUUAGUAACUUUUAAUAAUAUUUGUUUAACGUGUACUUAAAUUAUUACCCUUUUUUAAUAAUGCAAAUAGGGAAUUUUACAUUUUUAUGUCUGCAGUAAAAUAAUAAUGACUUUUUUCAAAAAUAUUAGAUUUGUUUCAACACGUCAAAAACUGUCCCAUGAACGGUUUCGAAACUCCUCUGUAUAGGAAUUUCGGGUUCUAAGCAUACAUUUUUUGUUUUGCGCAGAAUCGUGACGGUACAUUGUACGGUUUCUUGAUGUGUUGGAACAAAGCUAUAAGUAGUCUAUUUGAAAUAAACCGCGUUCUUUAUUUUGACUUUUUUAUGUGUAAUGUAUUAUAGUAUUUUGACUGCCUUUUUCCCCCGAUUUUGUGAUAUUAUAUAAUUUUAGUCUGUAUUUUAUAGGACAACCCCUUAUUGUAUUUUGGUGCUUUAUAUACCUACUUAUUUUUUUUUUUUUAAUAAUUCUAUAAUAAGGCUUAGUAUUAUAAUUUUGUUGUAAUAAAUUUUUAUAAGCUCUUCCAAGUUGCGACAGUUUUCUGGACAAAAAAAAAAUUUGUUUAACUUGUAAAAUAAUUAUUAUACUUAGUUUAGCUGUACAUAAUAAUGUGAGGCUACGUUUAAACGACUGAAUUAAAUAAAUAAUGUUACUUUUAAAGUAAGUUUUAUUAA